AUGGCAAAAAAGGAGAAAGGCAACAAGGUGGAAUUGGAAUCAAAGUAUGCAGCUGCACAAGAAGAGCAUUCAAACAUGAAAACAAUGAUGGGUGCGGCUCGUGGUAUGAUUCAGCGUCUUUUGCCGCAAGAGGGAAACAAGGAGGAAUUAGACAAGAUUGAAGCCAGCAUUGCAAAGGCCAAGUUAUCCCAUAAUGAACUCCAAAAUGAUUCUGGGUUCUUGGAUGCAAUGACACCAGAAAGUAGGAAAGCUUACACAGAUCAUUUGGAGGAUGGGAUCAAUGCAAACAUGGCGGUUGUAAAGAAAUCUCGGAACAAGCCCUUGUUCAGUGAUGCUGCAAGUGAUAGUGAUAGUGAUGAUAGUAUUUAG